UAGUCAUUCCAUCCUCUGCUUAUAUAACCAUAACCUUAUCACACACGUAAAACAUAUCAUAACAGAGUAACCACACACACACACAAAAAUGGCAACAAUUGCUGGUGUUAGUCUCACUAGUCCAAAAUUCUUGGCCAAAAAUUCCAACUCUCCCAAUUCUAAGCCAUUUAAGUUCCCAUGCCUUAACAAUCCAUGGAAAAAAUCAUCAACUAAAUUUGGGCUUGUGUGUGCAGCAACACCAGAUAACAAGCUUUCUGACCUUGUGGCUGAUAGUGUUAAGGGGGCAGAGGAAGCGUGCAAUGAGAAUCCAGCUAGUGGAGAAUGCGCGGCGGCUUGGGAUGUUGUGGAAGAGGCAAGUGCAGCGGCUAGUCAUGCAAGGGACAAGAAGAAGCAGGAAGAUGUUUUGGAAAAUUAUUGCAAGGAAAAUCCAGAGACUGAUGAGUGCCGUACAUAUGAUAGUUGAUACUAGUUUUGUGUUAUUUAAGCAUUAUGCUUUAUUUUGUUCCCAAUUUGAAUCUUGAAUGCUAUGAAUUAGGCUAUUGAUAUGUAUAAUGAAAGGUUCUUCCUCUCUCAAAUACUAUACAAACAUUUUGAUAUUGUCUUU